UUUCAGCCAUUGGCUGAACUGUCUCCGAGUUCGCUGUUUUCGAGAAAAAAAAAGUUUUUACUAAGAUGCGCGGUGAAGUGUUACAGCUUGCAGCCAAAAGUUUGACACAAUAACCCCAGUUGGAGACACCGAGCACGCGAACGCGUUCAGCUGGAGGCGCGAGGAGAUACGUUUUGUGUUGGCCUCAACUGUCGGUGCUGCGCUACACAAUGCCCACACUCGCGGCGCGACUACACGUACACAGCUGAGUAAUGGCAGACAGGGAGCUGCUCGCGGGGUGCGCCGCGGACGUGUCGGUCAGCUUUCCCGAGUCGCUGCACGUCUACACGGGGCUGUUGACGGUGGCCACCGCGUGCGGAGGUCUGUCGGGCGUUUUAGCGGCCGCUCUUCUCUACGUCUUCUGCCUGAAGCCGUUGCUGCUGACGAGACAAGGCCACAGCGCGAGGAGGCUGCUCGAACCUGAUGAUGGGGAGUUCGACAACAACCAAAGCGACUGUGUCAGCAACAGCAGGAAGGAGGCUCCCAGUGGCACCACUAAUGGCAAAGAGAAGAAGCAGCCGCCCAUGAACAGCGAUGUGGCUGCGUUUGCCUCCAGAGCGAAGGUGGUGUAUCCCAUCAACCAAAAGUAUAGGCCUUUAGCGGACGGAGCGUCCAACCCGUCGCUGCACGAGCACUCAAAGUCGCCAGAAGUGGCUAACGAAGAGUCGUCCUCCUCCACCACCGACGGAGAGUCUCUAAGUCAGGAGCAAGACAACGAUGGCAGCAGCCAGUUUAUCUCGUCCUCACUGGUCCCCAAGAGCCUGCAAAACCAGAGCUUCACCAGGGUCGCCCACUACCCGCACACUCUCACACAACCAGGGUUCGAAGGGAGGAUCGGCCUCUACUGUUUGGCUUUGCAGGACAUACAGCAGCAUUGCUCUCAGUUUCAAGAAGAAAAACAUCUGAUUUAUCUACAAACGGUGAAAAUGCUUUUCAACUGCCGGUUUCCAAAAGAUAAAAGUCAAGCUGACUUCUACAAGAAUAUUCUACAAAUGCAAGAAAAGGGACUGAGUGACUUGAAGAAGCAGUUUCCAAUAGGCCACCAUAUAGGUGAGAAGAAUGAGGAUACCCCUUGUACACUGGAGGAGAUUGAGAGAGCUCAGAAAGAUCUGCUUGAAUGUGGACUUCAAAUGUCCAAAGGUUUCAGCAUGCAGGUGGAGGACUUGUGUCAGCAUCUGCUAAAGAAGAGCAGCGUUUUCUCUCCAGAUGACGCCCAGGAUGUGAUUCUCUCUCUCAUCCACGCUUGUCUUUCAAUAGAGAAGCACCUGGUGACCGUGCAACAAGCAGAUCUACAGAGGUGCCAACAGAAGCUGUUGUGGUGGGAGGAGCUGAUGGGGCUUUUUCAAUCCCAGCAUGCCUUGCUAAUACGGGAAGUGUCUCUAAGACAGAGUUUGAUAGCAACAACGCUGGAGCAGCUGACAAGUGACGACGUCUUGAACUUUAGCUACAUGGAAAAGAUCCUUUCGGAAGUUCAGGCCACUCUGACAGAAGGCCUCCAACAGUGCACCGAGGACUGCAUGAGGAAGGCAAAGGACCUGGUGAAUGAGGAGUGCAGCAAAAUGGAGUCCAAGAGGAAGAGGCUUCACAGGAUCCAGACGAAGGAAAUGAACCGUACCUUGGAAAUCAGACACACCCACAGUGAUGUACAACAACUUACCAAGAUGUACCAGGAUGUGCUGAGUAACCACAGACAGCAAAUGUCUGACCUGGAGCUGGAGCAGGAAAACAGGGUGGUUGGGGCCCUCUGUGAUCUUUGGAGGAAACUUUGCGCCUCUUGGUCACGGAGGCUCGGUGUGAGAGCCAAGGAUGUCUUUCUGGCCUGUGUCCCUGCCCAGUCAAAGCUCUCCACUGAGCAUUGUGACAAGCUUUGGUUGGAUCUGGAGAAGAUGUUGUUUCUACAGAUGCAGCAGGCAGAGUGCACUAUCAAGAUGCAACUUGAGGACAUAACGGCUCACCUGGAUAAAGACGGACAGGUGUGGAGAGAGGAGAUGGCUCUGGUGCAAGCCUGUCUCCAACAUCUGAGCGCACAACAGAUGAAAAUCCUCCGAACCAUGGUGGCCAGACAGAGCUACACACUCAACAGCCAAGUGGGAAGACUGAUGGAGAGGAAACACGAGCACCUGUUGGUGGCAAUGCAGAGACACUUUGCGGUCAGGCACUUCUGCCUCCACAUGCUGAAAGAGAUGAGGCUGUCGAAGCUGAAGGCACUCUCGCAGACUGAUUUCAGAGGUCUGCUAAUGGAGGAUCCCAGUAAAAGCCAGCCUUGUGUCAAUUCAGCUCUCAAGAGCAGCAGUGCCAGCCUAGCAGAGAGGCAUCUGGGCCCAGAGAGUCAGCUGGUGGGCCACAGUUUGCAACAGGAGUUCCUUUCUGAACUAGAAACGGGGACGGAGCUGCUUCAGGGCCAUGCACAGCUGGUGCUGGGCAAUGCCCUCAGCCACGCUGUCCAGCAGAUGAUGGAGGCCAAGGAUUCGGAGUCACAGACCUCACUGAAACAAGAUGAUAGCAUGAAGCGUCACCUGAUAGAGGCUGUGUCAGAGAGCGUGUACGUGACCAAAGAUUCACUCAUUGAACUGGUCCAAAGCUACUAUUCACACCUGCAGGACAUCAGCAGAAAGCUACAACAGGAUCAGUCACAGUUAAACAACGAGGCGAGUGAUAACCAGGAGAACACCACUCAGCUUAACAGGGCCUUGCACAGGGAGCUGGUGAACUGGGGGAAGAAGCCAACGUCUGCUGAGUUUCAACAGAGAGUUGAACUCCACAAAAGAAAAGUGCUGGAACAAAAUGAUCUGGAGCAGGAGAUGACAUAUGAGGAACUCAAACAUAAGACAGUCGUCCUAGAUGUGCUAAUGGAAAAACUAAAAGGACAGCUACUGGAGGCAGAAGAAAGCUUCAUAACGGAGCUGGCAGCUUUAGCACGGGUUUCUCUACACAGUCCAGAUGCUGAACCCAGUGGCGAAGAGGACAGCACAUGUAUUCAGAGCACCAAAAUAUUGGACCUGCUCAAACUGAACCCAGCUUUAGAUCCUGCCUUAAAUCCCUCACUGACUCCAACUAUUGUAACUCCGGUGGUGAAAUCCAAACCAAAGACGAAAAAGGAAGAGUCUCGUCCAAGCUGAAGUCCUCACACAUACUGGGACUGUGGUGACAUUUUACAAGAUAAAACAACUGUUGAUUUUACACCUGACUUAUUUAUUAAUGCUAAUAUUUGACUGCAGGUUUGUACUCUUUAUUCAAAUUUUAUAUAUUUAUACAACUUUUCACGGUCAUUGCCACUUUUUUCAGUUUGUUUCAAUGGUUCAUAAAAUCAUAUAACUCUAAUAAAAUGAAUGUAAUAUU